AUGGCUCAUCUUCUCUCUAAUGCCAUCAGGAAGAUUAAAGUUAAAAUACUAAGAAAGUUUUAUUUGUAUGAGACGUUGGAACUAAUAUUGGUGGAUGAAAAGGGUCAAAAGAUUCAUGCUGUAAUAAACAAGGAGUAUGAGGAUCGGCGCACUUUGAAAAUUGUUGAGGGCAAUUGGAUAAGUAUAACUAAUUUUGAUUUGGUUCCUGUUACAGGAGCUUUUAGACCGGUUCCCCAUCGUUUUAAGAUUGUAUGGAACUCAGGCACAACGAUUAAGGACAUUCGACCGUUGUGUUCCGCUGAUUUCUUUUCGUUUGUCGCUUUCGAGGAUAUCAAAAGUGGUUCUUUGGACCCUACUUUAUGUGUUGAUCUAAUUGGACGUGUCGUGAGGGUUGGUAAUGGAAGAGAGUCCGGCCCACCUGCUUCUGAUUGGAACGAGUUAUUUUUGGAACUGGAAAACGAAGAGUGA